CAGCUGCUCCCUGCCUCCCUUUCCUUUGUCCUCUGCUGGCUGGCUGGGUUGUGCCUUUGCUCCCUUUCUCUCUGGGUGAGUGGGCACCUGAGGUGCCUGGCCCCCCACCUCAUCCCCAAUGAAUGUUGUGGAAAGCUCUGAGGUGCAGGAGCUGCAAAAGUUGGGGAGUGGAGCCUGGGACAAUCCUGCCUACGCUGGUCCCCACUCCCCAUGUGGGACACGGAAGAUCUUCGCCAUCUCCAGCGUGGUUCCCCCCCAGCCACACCCCAAGAAGCCUGAAGAUGAACCCCAAGAGAAGGCAUCUAGGGCCCUUGUGUCCAGCUGCUGCCUCCAGAUCCGUCGUUGUGUCAGAGGACUCUGGGGAACAACCCUGACUGAAAACACAGCUGAGAACCGGGAGCUCUAUGUCAAGACCACCCUGCGGGAGCUUCUGGUGUAUGCCAUGUUCCUGGUGGACACCUGUCUCUUGACCUAUGGAAUGACAAGCUCCAGUGCCUAUUACUACACCAAAGUGAUGUCUGAGCUCUUCUUACAUACCCCAUCAGACACCGGAGUCUCCUUUCAGGCAAUCAGCAGCAUGACGGACUUCUGGGAUUUUGCCCAGGGUCCACUACUGGACAGUUUAUACUGGACCAAAUGGUACAACAACCAGAGCCUGGGUCAUGGCUCCCACUCCUUCAUCUACUAUGAGAAUCUGCUGCUGGGGGUUCCAAGACUGCGGCAGCUCAGGGUCCGCAAUGACUCCUGCGUGGUGCAUGAGGACUUCCGUGAAGACAUUUUGAGCUGCUAUGAUGUCUACUCUCCUGAAAAAGAAGAGAAACUCCCCUUUGGGCCCUUCAAUGGAACAGCGUGGACAUACCACUCGCAGGAUGAGCUGGGAGGCUCCUCCCACUGGGGCCUACUCACCAGCUACAGUGGAGGUGGCUACUACCUGGACCUUCCAGGGUCCCGACAGGCCAGUGCAGAGGCUCUCCAGGAGCUUCAGGAGGGGCUGUGGCUAGACAGGGGCACCCGGGUAGUAUUCAUCGACUUCUCAGUCUACAAUGCCAACAUCAAUCUUUUCUGUGUGCUGAGACUGGUGGUGGAGUUUCCAGCUACAGGAGGGGCCAUCCCAUCCUGGCAAAUCCGCACAGUCAAGCUGAUCCGCUAUGUCAGCAACUGGGACUUCUUUAUUGUUGGCUGCGAGAUCAUCUUCUGUGUCUUCAUCCUCUAUUAUGUGGUAGAAGAGAUUCUGGAGCUCCACAUCCACCGGCUUCGCUAUCUCCGCAGCAUCUGGAACAUCCUGGACCUGGUCAUCAUCUUGCUCUCCAUUGUGGCUGUGGGCUUCCACAUAUUCCGAACCCUCGAGGUGAAUCGGCUGAUGGGGAAGCUCCUGCAGCAGCCAAACUCAUAUGCAGACUUUGAGUUCCUCGCCUUCUGGCAGACACAGUACAACAACAUGAAUGCUGUCAACCUCUUCUUUGCCUGGAUCAAGGUAUUUAAGUACAUCAGCUUCAACAAAACCAUGACCCAGCUCUCCUCCACACUGGCCCGCUGUGCCAAGGACAUCCUGGGCUUUGCUGUCAUGUUCUUCAUCGUUUUUUUUGCCUAUGCUCAACUCGGCUACCUGCUUUUUGGGACCCAAGUGGAAAACUUUAGCACUUUCAUCAAGUGCAUUUUUACUCAGUUCCGGAUCAUCCUUGGGGACUUCGACUACAAUGCUAUUGACAAUGCGAACCGCAUCCUGGGACCUGCCUACUUCGUCACCUAUGUGUUCUUUGUCUUCUUUGUGCUCCUGAACAUGUUCCUGGCCAUCAUCAAUGACACAUACUCAGAGGUCAAGGAGGAGCUGGCUAGACAGAAGGAUGAGCUGCAGCUUUCUGACCUCCUGAAACAGGGCUAUAACAAGACCCUACUGAGGCUGCGUCUGAGGAAAGAACAGGUUUCAGAUGUGCAGAAGGUCCUGCAGGGUGCAGACCAGAAGAUCCAGUUUGAAGAUUUCACCAAUACCUUGAAAGAACUUGGGCACGCAGAGCAGGAGAUCACUGAGUUAACAGCCGCCUUCACCAGAUUUGACCAAGAUGGGAAUCACAUCCUGGAUGAGAAGGAGCAGGACCAAAUGAGACAGGGUCUGGAAGAAGAGAGGGUGGCUCUCAACACUGAGAUUCAGAUCCUGGGCCAGUGCGUUGUGAAUAGCCCACCAGGAGAUUCGGUUCCAAAGGCUGCCGGAGCAGGUGGCGGGGUUUCAGGAGAAGAAUUCUACAAACUCACAAGGAGAGUCCUGCAGCUGGAGUCUGUUCUGGAAGGAGUUGUGUCCCAGGUUGAUGCUGUGGGUUCAAAGCUGAAGAUGCUGGAAAGGAAGGGGCAGCUGGCUCCCUCCCCAGGAAUGGGAGAACAAGGUGUUUGGGAGCACCUCCAGCCAGCUCCAGCUGUGACUCCAGCCUCCUGGGGAGUCCAGAAUGGGCAUGAGAAUGAUGGGGGAGGGGUCCUAAAGCACCAGAGAGCAGGCUUCUCUCCCUCUGCCUCCCCAUAA